AAAUAUGCUACAUUGUCAGACUUCAAAUUUUCUAAUUUAUUCACUGUUUUCAUCCACAGGUGCAUCAAUGGAGAGAAGAACUUACUGUCAAGGUUUUUUCUGUAUCACUCUUAGUGACGGAGAAAUAUCAGCAGAGGCUGGACUCUGUGUAGUAAUACCGUGUUUUUUCACCACUAGAUCUGACUUUACACCCCGACAUAUAGUUUGGUACAAAUGUGAAUGGUAUAAACAAAGAUGUGGUGAUUCGAACAUUAUAUUCCACACUAACACAUACAACAAUAAAGUUCAGUCUGAGUUCAAAGGACGAGUGUCGCUGUUGGAGCCUGAUGUGACUCAGAAGGACUGCAGCAUCAUCAUCAAUGACCUUACUGAGUCAGAUUCUGGAUCAUAUCAACUCAGAGUUAAUGGUGUCCUGUCGGGGUGGGAAAGUGGAUUUACAUAUUCUCAAAAAGCAACCGUCUCUGUUAAAGGUCUGACCCAGAAACCCACAGUGAUGAUUCGUGCCCUGAGAGAGGGCCAACAGGCCACACUGACCUGCACCGCUCCUGGUCUCUGUUCUGGAUCAGAUCCUGAUAUCAUCUGGACAUGGACAGGGGCAAGGGAGGAGGACUCUCACAUCACAGGAAACAUGACUGCUUUCAAGACUGAGGCUGUGACUGCUGUCACACAGAGACACAGCUCAACAUUGACCUUUAACUCCUCAGCUGAACACCACGGCACCAAUGUCACCUGUAAGGUCAGCCUUGCAA